AUGGCAGGAGAGAAUAAAACCGGCAAAGGCGGGAAGGGGCUCGGCAAGGGGGGCGCCAAGCGCCACCGCAAGGUGCUGCGCGACAACAUCCAGGGCAUCACCAAGCCGGCCAUCCGCCGCCUGGCUCGGCGCGGCGGCGUGAAGCGCAUCUCGGGGCUCAUCUACGAGGAGACCCGCGGCGUGCUGAAGGUUUUCUUGGAGAAUGUGAUCCGCGACGCUGUCACUUACACGGAGCACGCCAAAAGAAAGACGGUCACGGCCAUGGAUGUAGUCUACGCCCUCAAGCGCCAGGGACGCACCCUCUACGGCUUCGGCGGCUAAAGCUUUUUGCUCCCAGACGAUCUCGAGAACCCAAAGGCUCUUUUAAGAGCCACCCACUUUUUCGUUUGAGAGAGCUGUGUCAUUGUGUUUGACUUUGCAGUUUUUGCUAUGUUUCUGUUGUCUUUCACGCUUCUAUUUUCCUUUCCCUAUUCCUCCUCCCCCCCCCCCCC